AUGGGGUCGCAGGAGCAGAGACUGCUGCUAUGUGACCUUGACCUGCUGCACUCAAAAGCAGAGGCAGAACGUGGAAACACUGUUCUACGGUUAGUGACGUCCCCAUGCUGUGUUGUCACAAGCACAUGUGGCUGGAUAGCAAACAUGGAAAGAAUCAUGAAAGCCCAAGCCCUGAGAGACAGCUCCACAAUGGGUUACAUGGCAGCAAAGAAGCACCUGGAGAUAAACCCUGACCACUACAUUAUCGAGACCUUGAGGUCUGAGGCUGAGGCCCACAAGAAUGACAGGUCUGUGAAGGAUCUGGUCAUCUUGCUGUAUGAAACCGCACUGCUGUCCUCUGGCUUCAGCCCGGAAGACCCGCAGACACAUGCGAACAGGAUUUACAGGGUGGACAAGCUGGGUCUAGGUAUUGGUGACAAUGACCCCACCGCUGACACCGCUGCUGCUGUCAAGGAGGAGAUGCCACCCCCUGAAGGAGAUGACAACAUGUUGCGCAUGGAAGAAGUCGACUGA